GGAACCUCCCUAAAACCCUAUAUAAAGCUGUCGCCUUUAUCACCUCUCUUUUGCUCCUCUCUUCCUCUAUUGCACAAGGAGAAGAAGAACUCUCCGUCCCAUCUUUCUCGGACAGGUAUGUCGGCGGAGGACGGUGAUCAUUCGGCCUCGGAGGUAUCCGAUGCCUUUGUGAAGCAGUACUUCCAUAUUCUCCAACACUUGCCGGAGGAAGCUCGCAGGUUUUAUGUCACUGGCAGUGUCGUCAGCAGACCGGGUCCCGAUGGAUCAAUGCUUUCCUUUACUUCCCUUGAGGCAAUCAACGAGCAGAUCCUUUCCUGCGACUAUAAGGACGCUACCUUUGAUGUGAUCAGUGUAGAUUCUCAGAAUUCCUUUGAGAGUGGAAUAUUUAUAAUGGUUACCGGUUUCGUCACUGGGAAAGACAAACUCCGGAGGAAAUUUUCUCAAUCGUUCUAUCUGGCACGUCAAAACAACGUCUACGUUGUCCUCAAUGACAUUCUGCGUUUUGUUGGUGAUGAGGCCUCCGGUCCAGCUGCAGCUUUGUCUAUUCCCGAACCCAAACAAGUGAAUGAGAUGGCAAAGCCAGCUGUUGAGGCAAAUCAGACAGAGCCCGUUCAAGAAAUCAAUGUUUCUGUGGAAAACUCCAAGGAUUUUGCAGGAGAAGUCACUCCUUUGGAAAAUGGAACGAUCGAAAAGGCUGAUGGCAAAACUGAGAAACCAACAGAACCAAUUGCUCCCAAAGCUCUGCCUGAUGCCACCAAGAGAUCUUUUGCCUCAAUAGUGCAAUCAAUGGCACAAAACACUGCUCCAUAUAAAGCUCCAGUCCAGAAGCCUAAACCCAUGGGUCAGCCGCCCCGUGCUGCUGCUGCUGCAGCGCCUCAAGAGCAUGGUUUGGUCUUAAACUCUGAUAAAAAGGAUGAACAAAAGAUCAUGGAAGAACCAGGUACAUCGAUAUUUGUGGCAAACCUGCCAAUGAGUGCAAUGCCUGAUGAACUCCAUGGAAUGUUCAAGAGUUUUGGUCCCAUCAAAGAAAAUGGAAUUCAAGUUCGAAGCUCUAGGGGCAGUGGAAUCUGCUUCGGGUUUGUCGCUUUUGAAUCCGCUACCUCUGUCCAAAGCGUGCUUCAGGCUUCCAAGACUUCUCCUUUCGUGCUCGGAGAUCGAAAACUUCGUAUUAAGGAGAAACAAGUUGACUACGAUGGAAGCAAACCUUCUGGAAGAAACGGAGGUUUGAGCAAAUCCCUGAACGGCUGGGACAACC